AUGCUGCACCCAAUCCUUGAUCUUAGCAGCCUGAACGCGACGCUUACUUUCUCCGGGCUGUUUAUCCUUGCGUUCGGCUUCAUAUCGCUCAAAAUCAAGCAGCAUUGGUACCUUGGCGAGGCAUUGCCAGCAUUCGUGAUCGGCGUUAUCCUGGGUCCGUUCUGCGCGAACUUCAUCAACAUCCGAAACUGGUCGGACCAAGAUGAAGAAGGGGAGAUUGCAUAUGGACUCACCCGCUUGGUCAUUGGCAUUCAAAUGGUCAAAGUCGGCUACGAGCUGCCCAAGCGAUAUUUGCGACAGCGCCUAAUGGAACUGACCAUCUGCCUUCUGCCACUAAUGACCUUACAAUGGCUGGCAACGUCUGCCUGUAUCCUCCUGAUGGUCCCACGAUUGUCUUUCCUCUCUGCAUUGAUCAUCGGAUCGUGCGUGAUUUGCAUCGACCCGAUUCUCUCCCAGGCCAUCGCAAAAGGGCCCUUCGCCGACAAGUAUGUGCGGCGCCAUUUGCGGGAAUUCAUCUCAGCGGAAGCCGGAGGGAACGACGGCUUUGGAUUUCCGUUUCUCUUGCUCUCCGUCGCUAUUCUGAGGUAUGCGGACGUGGACCCGGACUCCCCUGAUCUGCGAAGACGCGAUUGGAUCGGAGAGACGAACACAGGGCGAUUCGGAGGAGAUAUCAAGCAGGCUCUGGCGCAUUGGGCGGUGGAGGGAGUGCUUUAUAUGAUCAUAUUGGGAUCGGGGUACGGGCUCCUGGUCGGCUUUCUCAGUCGCAAGGGAAUCAACCUGGCGUCAAGAAGACGAUGGGUCGACAAAGAGUGUUUCUGCUUAUUUCCCGUCGCCAUCGGGCUUUUUCUCGUCGGCACUUGCGGAUGUUUUGGCACCGAUGAGACUUUGGCCUGUUUCAUUGCAGGCUGCUCGUUGAACUGGGACGGACUGUAUCAUUCUGAACUAGAAGCCCGUCACGAUUCGUUCAACUUGGCGAUCGAAACAGUCUUGAACUUCGGCACGUUCAUCUUUAUCGGCCUGAGUAUGCCUUGGGACCAAAUGAACAUGCCGCAUGCCACCGGGAUAUCGAUUCCACGUCUCAUAACCUUGGGGAUACUCAUCCUCCUCUUCAGGCGCAUCCCGGCCGUGAUGCUAGGGUAUCGUUUCAUGCCGAAGGUCUGCAGGGUGGGAGCGAUCUCUUAUGUGGAAUAUGCACGUCGACUGCUGCCCGAUCCCGGCCAGAGCGAUGCGGAGAUCAACCAUCUGACAGCGGCGAUGGUUCCUGUGGUGUACUGGCUUGUAUUCUUCUCCAUCGUGGUCCACGGCCUCUCCAUCCCCGCACUAAACGGGGUCUACCGCUGGUUCCAGGUACCAAUCAUUCGCGACCACCCCGUCGAGGUCCUGCUUCUGUCGGAGAACGAGCCAUUGCCCAAUAACAGCACGGUCGACCGUCCUGGCCACUUCGUCAUCAACAACCGCUUCUCUUGCCUGUCGGACCGUCCAGAGCUUCCUGACCUUUCAGAGGAGAUGUCCUUAGAAGCGCAGGAUUUCGGAUCAGCGGAGCAGUCCACCAAAAGAUCCUCCCGGCAAGUGGAGAACAUAUAUACAGCAUAA